GACAAUCCCGAAAGUCGUUUUAUUUUCUUAAAUAUUUAAAACAAGAUAGCAGACGAAGUAUUAAGCAACAAAAUCCAUUACACUUAUUUAAAAUCAUUAUAAGCCAAAAUAGACGGCCUAUAAGCAAUCACCAGUCUUCCUACUCUUCAUUGGUCUUCAUCUUCCGCAGGACUAAGGUCGUCUCUUGGGCUGUAUCCGUCUCUAGGACAACGGUCCUCUCUGGGACUAGGACUCUGGUCUUCAUAAUUUGUUUUUGUUCAGAUUAAUAAGGAAAAGAAUCAAGAAAACAAGACUUAUUCGAAUCUUUUAAAUAAUUAUUUGAAUAUAUAUAUAUUAUUUUUUCUAGACAAAUAAUUUUCCCGGGGAAAAUAAAGUAAAGGAAUGAGAAAAACCUUAUCCAAACUUUUAAAAUGCCCGUGGCGAUCUCUCUCCCAACCUCAUCUACUUCUCAUUUCUUCCCUCGCCGCCGCGGCCAUGCAAAUCACCGAUAUCAACGCUUUUCCGGAGCUCAAUCUUCCACGGAAGAUCCGUACAUUCGGAAGAAUCAAACUGGCGUCAUCAUCAUCGGCGCUGGACUCGCUGGUUUAGCCGCCGCAAACCAGCUCACCUCCAAACGAAUCCCUUUCCUACUCCUCGAAGCUUCCGAUGGCGUCGGCGGACGCGUCCGUACAGAUAUCGUCGACGGCUUCUUUCUCGACAGAGGAUUUCAGAUUUUCAUCACCGCGUACCCCGAAGCUAAAAAGCUUCUAGAUUAUGAAGCACUGGAUCUGCAGAGAUUCUACGCCGGAGCUAAGGUGUUUUACGGCGGUAAAUUUCACACCGUCGCUGAUCCUCUCCGACAUUUUUGGGAUUCGGUGGCAUCUCUCGCGAAUCCGAUCGGAUCCGUCGUUGACAAAGGGCUUAUCGCUUUGACGAGAGCUAGGGUUCUAAUCAAGUCAGACGAAGAGAUAUUGACUGCCGCCGAUGAAGUUCCCACCAUUGAUCUCCUCCGUAAGAUCGGUUUCUCCGAAACGAUUCUUGAUCGGUUCUUCCGACCAUUCUUCGGCGGAAUUUUCUUCGACAGAGACCUCGAGACGACCUCGAAGCUCUUCGAUUUCGUUUUCCGGUGUCUUGCUCUCGGAGAAAACACACUUCCAGCCAUGGGAAUCGGAGAAAUCUCGAACCAGUUGGCAGCGAAGUUACCCGCUAAGUCCGUCUUGUUGAACACAAGGGUCGCUUCUAUUGAGUAUCCAAAUGGAUCGGGUUCGGAUCCACCUAGCGUGAGGCUCCAAGACGGCAGCGUUAUGAAGGCAGAGCUAGGUGUCAUAAUCGCCGUCGAGCAACCGGAAGUGAAUAAGCUUCUCGAUGGGAUCAGAGACCCGGUUAUAACAAAACCAGCUCGGAGCACUAUUUGUCUUUACUUCACAGCUGAACCGAACCAAAUACCGGUACAAGACCCGGUUCUAUUUCUCAACGGGUCAAAUUCCGGUAUAAUCAACAACAUGUUCUUCGCUACAAACGUUGCUCGGACAUACGCGCCACCGGGAAAGGCUCUGGUUUCGGUAUCAUUGAUCGGAUUGUUUGAGGAUAGAACCGAUGAUGAUUUAGCAGCAGAAGUUCUUAGAGAACUCUCUGGUUGGUUUGGUGAGUCUCCGGUUAUGUCAUGGAAACAUUUGAAAACAUACCGGAUCCAAUUCGCUCAGCCUAACCAAUGUCCACCCACUGAUUUGGUCAAGAGUCCUCGGGUCGGGUCGGGUCUUUACUUGAGCGGUGAUUACAUGACUUCUGCUACAUUUGAUGGAGCUUUGGUCUCUGGGAGACGAGCCGUGGAAGUUUUGCUACGAGAAACGGGACUAAUCAAAUAGAUUUUUUUUGUUAUUUAAGAUUCUUUGUAUGGCUUAAUUCAUGUCUUGUAUGUAGAAGUAUGUAUCCUCUAAGAUCAUAUGUUGGCAAAUUAAGCAUUAUGGUUAAUGCUAAUGAUAAUGUCUAGCAAGACUAUAUAUAAAGGCUCAAUAGAGAUGCAAGGUAUGACUCAACCAAUACCAUACUAAAGGCUCAUAGAGAUGCAAGGUAAUUCAUGACUCGACCAAUUCCAUACAAUAAAGAUCUGUGUGUGCUCUCUUGCUGUGAUUAUGGGAUCGACUGCUUUGUCACUAUGGACUGGAUUGACCCUGAAACCGAAUUCCAAUAUUUCAAGUCCAGUGGAACCACCACAAAUUUGUCUAUUUCAGCUGAGGAAGUAGAUAUCAACUCUCUCUUGUUUGAUCCCUAGAACAAAAGAGAUCAUCAACUUGGUACUACUAAUACAAGCCAUAUACACC